CAAUCCAAGAACCCCGACGACAUCGUCAUCACUCUCGCCAUCCGUACUCCUCUGACCAAGGCCGGCAAGGGAGGCUUCAAGGACACCAGCCUAGAGUACCUGGUCUAUGCUCUUCUGGACCAGGUCCGGCAGCGCAGUGGAAUCGACCCAUCGCUGGUCGAGGAUAUCUGCCUCGGAAAUGUCUCCGAUAGCAAGGCAGCAUACAAGCUGCGUGCGGCCUCGCUAGCCGCCGGUUUCCCCAACACAGCAGGCGCCAGCUCUGUCAACCGUUUCUGCUCGUCGGGUCUGAAGGCCACCGCCGACAUCGCCCACGCCAUCACCAACGGCUCCAUCGAGGUCGGCAUCGCCUGCGGAGCCGAGAGCAUGUCGGCGGGCGGCGACCGUCUGGAGCAGCCGUUCGAUGAGGCCGUGGUGGCCAAGAGCCAGGAGGCCGCCGACUGCAUGCAGCCCAUGGGCUGGACGAGCGAGAACGUCAGCCGCGACUUCGGCGUCACGCGCGACCAGAUGGACGAGUUCGCCGCCACCAGCUACCAGCGCGCCGAGGCCGCCCAGAAGGCCGGCUGGUCCGCCGACGAGAUCGUCCCCAUCACCACCCGCGUCAAGGACAAGGACGGCAGCUGGCAGGAGGUGACGCUCACCCGCGACGACGGCAUCCGCCCCGGCACCACCGCCGAGGGCCUCGGCAAGAUCAGGGCCGCCUUCCCCCAGUGGGGGUCCACCACCACCGGUGGCAACGCCAGCCAGGUCACCGACGGUGCUGCCGCCCUCCUCCUCAUGAAGAGGUCUACCGCCGUCAAGCUCGGCCAGCCCAUCAUGGCCAAGUAUGUCGGCUCGACCGUCGCCGGUCUGGCCCCCCGCAUCAUGGGCAUCGGUCCCAGCAUCGCCAUCCCCAAGCUCCUCGCCCAGAAGGGCGUCAACCUCGACGACAUUGACGUCGUCGAGAUCAACGAGGCCUUCGCCUCCAUGGCUGUCUACUGCCGUGACAAGCUGGGGCUCGACUGGGCCAAGAUGAACCCCCGCGGUGGCGCCAUCGCUCUCGGCCACCCGCUCGGUGCUACGGGUGCUCGCCAGGUCGUCACCGGUCUGAGUGAGCUGAGGCGCCAGAAGAAGAAGAUGCUGCUGGUGAGCAUGUGUAUCGGUACCGGUCAGGGUAUGGCGGGCAUGUUUGUGAAUGAGCAAGAGGUUUAG